AUGGUCACCCGGCGUCUAGUCUUUAUUUUGGUGAUCAUUCAAAGCAGUCUAGUUUUACCUAUGACACUCCUUCAGGAUUCUUCAGACAAACACGUGAAGGAAAAACAUGAUUUCACUCACAGACUAUACAAAAGACAAGUAUCCUGUAAUGAGGGAGAAUAUCAAGGAGAUAAACAUUGUUGUAAAAAUUGUAGAAAAGGUACAUAUGCGGAAUCUGAUUGUGCUGCACCACAAGGAGAGCCAGUGUGUAAAUAUUGUACUAAAGGGGUAGAUUUCAUGGAUGAACCAAAUGGCUAUCCAAGGUGCGAAAAAUGCCGGGAUUGUGAUUCUGGCUCAGGUCAAGAAGAGCUUCAUCCAUGUACAACAACCCAAAAUACAGUUUGCAAAUGUAAAAAAGGAUUCUUCUGUUCUGAAAGUUUGUCAUCAGCUGAUGUGAACUGCAACCGAUGUCAACACUGUAGCGAAUGUGCUAACGGAAUUGAUGAGGAAUGUACAUCCACAAAAGACACCAUUUGCAAAAAUUUUUCAGGCAGAGCACACGCAAUAGUGUGGCCAAUAUUAGGAGUUAUUGUCUUUGCAGGAAUCACUUUUGUUCUCUUAAGAUACUGCAGGAAUUCAACAAGAGAGGAACAGAUUGUGAAAUCUCCUCCUGAGAAACACAAAGACUCUGAACCUUUUAUACCUCCUACUCCAACAUGUCCUCCUGAACUUGAAAACAUUGACCUGGACAAUCAUCUGUUUGCAAUUGCUGGCCUAAUGGCACAGGAGUCUGUUCAAAAACUGGUGUCAAAAAAAUUAUCGCCAGUAGACCAAGAAGAAAUUAAAAUAAACAAUUCAAAAAAUGCUCGUGAAGAAAAAUAUGAACUGCUGAAGAAAUGGUAUUCUGCCAAUGGACACCGAGGAGCAUUUAAAAUGCUUAUAGAAAACAGUACAGAAGGAGAAGCUGAAAAAAUAAUAGACUUAGUUCAAAAAGGAAACGCAGAGCCUUAA